AUGGCUCCAAUGACCUCGACCUGUGCCUAUCACUCGCAAGGCAUGGUCUCCGAGGCGCAGCUCCAUGAGGUCGCCCGUCAGAUGACCCUCCAGACGCUGCACCAAAAAGCGUACUUGCUCUCCAAGUUCGUGCUGGACAAGAGGCAAAUGCUGGACAAUGGCUACCCGGUGCUUCUCUUCAACAACAUCCACAUCGCGGCCACGGAGUUCCAGCAAAACCGGGAGAUGUUCGUGAUGCCGUCCAACUGCUCGCGGGUCUGCAUUCGUUGUCUCCAGGACUUCUCAGUUCUUCCGGACGGCACCCAGCCACUUGCCCAUGGACCUAUCUGCUUCGACGACAACGGCCAGUACCCGUUCCACAUCACGGACCAAUCGUCCACGGAGAAGCUGAAAGGAUUCCGACGUGCUCCCAAGUCCAACAACUACAAUCGGUACAUGUCCGGACAAUUCUUCGCCAUCGACGUCGAAAUGGUCUACACUUCGAGAGGCCAAGCUGUAGGACGUGUCACGAUGGUCGAUCAGCACGGUGCGCCGCUCGUAGAUGCACUCGUCAAGCCGAAGGAUCCGAUCUACGACCCAGUCACCCGAUUUUCGGGAUUGACGAUCGAGGAAUUGGCAUAUGCGACGGAGUCAGUGGAAUCGAUUCGGGAGCGGCUCUUCGACCACAUCAACGAGGAUUCGAUUUUGGUCGGACAUGGACUGAAUGGCGACCUCAAGGCACUGGGAAUCGUCCACGACAAGGUGAUCGACACUUCGGUGCUGUUCACCAACAACGGACGUCGACCAUCGCUUCGCCAUCUCACGAAGAUCCACCUCGGCUACACCAUCCAGGACUCUUCUGCCGGUCAUUGUUCCCGUGAGGACGCUGUCGCCACACUCCGUCUCGUUCUAUUCGCCGCCCAUAAUCCCCAUCAUCUCGCCCCACACUUUAAGAAUCUUAUCAUGUCUUCUCUAAACUAUUACUAUUAAUUUCAAUUGUAACCAAUUCACCGUAAAUACUGUAUUAGAAGGGCACACCCAGCAAGUGAUCACACGAUUUUAAAAGUUUGCCCUUCUAGUUCUUCGAUCUCAUUGUAAUUAUUCUACUCAUUGUUCCCAUGUAAUUUAUUUUUUGUGACUAGUCAAAUAACGAAUUGAGCAAUCUAAUAAAUUAAAACAUUUUAAUCCCGUCUUCUCUCUUCUCUGCCUUCCUUCACAUUCUCCGUUUUCCGCUCAAACUUCCAACCUCUUCAACAAUUUCCGUCAUUUGCAGGAACUACCUCGAAUGGCUGACAUCAGUUCCGUGGGGUCUAACGUCUCCGGAAAACCGAAAUUUGGCGACGGCGAAAAAGGCGCUGGACGAAGGGCACUACGGAAUGAAGGACGUGAAAGAGCGCAUCAUGGAGUUCAUCGCGGUCAACAUUUUGCGAAAGAGCGUGGGCGGAAAGAUUCUCUGCUUCCACGGACCGCCCGGAGUCGGAAAGACCUCCAUCGCCAAAUCGAUCGCCGCCGCACUCAAUCGCGAGGUACGCUUUCUUACAAAAACCAUUUUUUAAAGCAAUUUUCUAUAUUGAUUUAGUGCAGGGUUCGGCACUUUUGGCCCAUUUGCAAUGAUCCGAUCGAGCCCAAAAUGUGCAGGCUUCUUGUACUUGAAUUGGAGUAUAUUGGGUCCAAGUUUCAGACCGAUCCGAUUAUCCGGUCCCGAGAAAUGUGGAUCAUAAUCCGAACCCAAUCUACUUCAAUCCAAGUCCAAGAAGCCUGCAAAUUUUGGGAUCAAUUAGAUAAUUGCAAGGGCAUUAAAAGUCCAGGCCUCAAAAAAUCCUUCGAAAUCUAGAAAACGUUCCUUGAUGUGAUAAUUUUGCAGUACUUCCGUUUCUCGGUGGGCGGAAUGACUGACGUGGCGGAGAUCAAAGGACACCGCCGGACUUACGUGGGCGCGAUGCCGGGCAAGAUGAUACAGUGCAUGAAGAAGGUGAAAACGGAGAACCCGCUCGUGCUCAUCGACGAGGUCGACAAGAUCGGAGGAGCCGGAUUCCACGGAGACCCCGCCUCCGCACUCCUCGAACUGUUGGAUCCGGAGCAGAACGCCAACUUCAACGACCACUUCCUCGACGUGCCCGUCGAUUUGUCCAGGUGAGAUUUGAGUAGUUCGGUUCUACAUAUCUCGGGAUCAGAUAAUCCGAUCGGUCUGAAACUUGGACACAAAAGACUUCAAUCCAAGAUUGAGAAACCUGCAAAGUUUGGGUCCGAUCCGAUUUUUGCAAGUGGUCCGAAAUUACAGCCCUUUUGCCCGGCCCAGCUUAAAUUAAAGAGCCUGUUUUUGUUGAACUUUUAUUUAAAAAAAAAAGUUGCAGAGUGCUGUUCAUCUGCACGGCGAACGAGAUUUCGCGGAUUCCGGGACCGCUGAGGGACCGAAUGGAAAUGAUCGAUGUGAGCGGAUAUCUGGCCGAGGAGAAGGUCGACAUUGCCCAUCAGCAUCUCAUUCCUCAGAUGAGAAAGGAAACGUAAGUAACCGAAAUUAUCGGAAGAAUAUGCUACAAAGUGAAAAGUUCAGAUCUAUGUCGAACGAACAGCUGAAAAUUGAGGAUUCCGCACUGGAGGAGCUCAUCAAGCACUACUGUCGCGAGUCUGGAGUCAGAAAUCUGCAGCAGCACAUCGAGAGGGUACUGUUUCAAUUCCCGUUGAAGCCUGUGCUUGUAGUCGUCGCUUCGAUCAGGGGAAACGGUGGGCGCUGUCGGCGAGUGACGUGAUGAGUUCGGGGAUGAGGCGGAGCCGGCCGGCAGGAGAUCACGCGAAUCCGGAAGUCGGAGGCGCUCUGAAAUGUGAUCAGAUUGUAGGGGAUGAGAAAGAACGGUGAAAGGGGGCAAAGUCCGUGCCCGAGGAAGGCUUGGCGGGUGAGAGAGGGCGCCCUCUUGAUUGAAAAGUGGUUCCUGGGUCGGUUACCUGUGGUUUCGGGACCUCUCGAUCCCUUGCAAAACUAAUGUGUUUUUGUUCAGAUUUUCCGAAAAGCGGCCCUCAAAAUCGCCGAGCAGCAAUCGGACGACGAGGAGCCGGCGCAGAAGGCGUCUUCGGCCAUUUCGGAGAAUUCGGAUCCAGUGGCCACGACUUCCGAACCGACGGAAUCACACCGAAAAGUGGCCGAUCCGAUCGUCGUGAGCACCGAAAACUUGCAGAAGUUCGUGGGAAGACCCAAAUUCACUUCGGAUCGAAUGUACGAAACGACGCCUCCCGGAGUGAGUGUCUUUCUUAUUGUUACUGUUUCGAAAACGAUUGAAAAACGUUUUUCAGUUUUUGGAAAACAUUGUUAUUUUUUCGAGCGGGUCAUCAAUCGAAACUGUGUAAAGCAUUGUUUUUUAAUGCGUGAAUUGCAGGUGAUAAUGGGUCUUGCGUGGACGGCGAUGGGCGGCUCGGCGCUCUACAUCGAAACGGUGCUGAAGCGGCCGGUCGACGUGACAUCCGACAAGGACGGAUCGAUCGAAACGACGGGAAAUCUGGGAGACGUGAUGAAGGAGAGCGUGCGGACCGCCCUCACGGUCGCCAAAGGGAUUCUGGCGAAGCAGGAGCCGGAGAACAAGUUCUUCGAGAAGGCACACAUUCACAUCCACGUGCCAGAGGUGAGGAAACGUCCGAAAUUCGACGUCAGAGCAUUUAUAGCUGAUGUUUCUGAUUCUGGCCUAACGAUGAAAGAUGCAAUUCUAGGGGAAAUUAUUUAGGAAAACUCUGAUUCUAACAACAUAGCGAUUAGCAGUUUUUUCAAUGUAUCCCCAGAAAUCGAAACACAGCGACCUCAUAAUAGUUCAAUUGUGUUCUGUUCUUCAAAAUGAGUUAGGUUAGAGGUGAAUGUAAGGUUUUUGUGAAGAGUCCGCAAUUUCCAGUCCCCUUUGUCUGUAGCUAUAAUUUCGAAUUGCCUUAGUGAACAUAACAUGCUUUGGUUUAACAGGGCGCGACGCCGAAGGACGGUCCGUCGGCGGGAGUGACUCUCGUCUCCUCGCUCCUCUCGCUCGCACUCAACCGGCCCGUUGUGCAGGAUAUGGCCAUGACCGGAGAGAUCUCGCUGACCGGAAAAGUGCUGCCCGUCGGAGGAAUCCGCGAGAAAAUCAUUGCGGUGAGCCUCUUUUUUUUAAACAUUUUUCCAUGAGUAAGAAAAAGAGGCUUUUAAUUACCUGGACGCAGUAAAGACGGUGCAGAACGUACAUUAGGAAUUGAAUUUGGAUGAAAAUCAACAGGAGCAGAUCAAAGGGUUGUUAAACUGUUUUUGAUUACUAGCUCUUCAAUUCAGACUCGUAACCUCUUUCAAAUGCGCUAAUUAGUUCAAAAAAGACAGGUACGGAGGCUUUUUUCGUGAUGCGGACAGCUCUAAAACUAGCGUUCCUUCAAGACAUGUCUAGAAUGACAUUUCCGGAACAAGCACACUAACAAAAGGACAAUAAUUCUUCUUUAGAAAUCAAUCAGUGUGAAAUAGUUGCGUCCGGGUAAUCAAAAGCAAAAGCAAAAGUUAUUGAUAAUUAAAAAUGUUUCUUACGUUCAAUUUCAGGCGCGUCGUGUGGGCGCCAAGCGAGUCUUUCUGCCAAUGGAGAAUCAGCGCGACUUUGACGAUCUUCCGGAUUUCAUGAAAACCGAGUUGGACAUUCGAUUCGUCGCCCACUACGAUCAACUCUACGAGCAUCUUUUCCAAUGA